ACUUUGUUUCCUUUAUGUUACAGAUGACAGAAGUGAAAGCUGCUCAAUAUGAGAGUGAGAAAACCUUUAGAUCUAAACUGAGUGACAUGACCAAGACAAAUGGAAAAGCUGUAGAGACUCUACAGGAAAAGAAUCGUGAGUUAGAAAAGAAGAAUCGUGAGCUAAGUAAGCAAGUGAUUGUAUUGUCAAAGAGCAAGAAAUCAAGUAGUGUGUUGAGUAACAGCCAGAGUAAUAGUCAGAACAACAGUCCAAGUCUAAGUUCAUAAUAAACUAGCUAUAGAAUAUACUUGUUAUUUCCCUUAUACAUGUAAUGUUAUAUAGGGUCUUCUGUUUAAGAUUUUAGUAUCAUUCCUGUGUAGUAUUUUAUUAUAAUGCAUUUUUUAAAACUUGAGAUACAAACCAUGUCCUUGUAAUUUUGUAACACAUACUAAGAGAGAAUUAGAAUUGAUUUAAAUUCUGUAGUUUUGAAAAUUCUUCAGUAAUGAUACAAGGAUCUUUGACAGAAGUGUAUGAAAUAUGUAUAGCAACUUAAAUAGGUUAUGACUAUAUAGAAUAUAAAAAAGUUGAUGUAAUGUGUUUAUUGUUUAGAAUUUGGUACAGUAUGGAUGUGUUCAAGAUGCACAAAUGUCUAUUGUUUAAAUUCCAGUCACUCUUUUGUAGUUGUGCUUGUUUUUUAUUCUCUUUAAAACGUGGCAUUUUAUGAAUGUUUCAUAUUUUGUAGAAACAUUUGUAGAAAUUAAAAUGUUGUUUCAUUUAUAUUAUUUUUCUAAUAUGAAAAACUAAGGAACUCGAUGCAAGAUUGUUGUGCAUAUUUCAAAAAUGACAAAUUAGACAAGUUAGAAUUUGAAGAAAUGAUAAUUUAUUUGUCUUUUACAUUUAUCUGAAAAUGUCUCCUCAACUUUCACUGUACAUAUAAAAACAAAAUUCUUGUUUCCAAUGCUGGUAAUGGAAGCUAUUGUUAAAUGUGAACUAUUUCAUAAUUUGUAAUUCUAAAAGGUUUUAAAGAUCCUGUAACAUAAAUUUUUUAUGGUUUAUUAUCAUAAAAAUGAUGCUCAAAUUAAGAUUUAUCAAUAUUGUAAGUUCCUAAAAGCAUUAUUUGUAAAGAUGUUUACGAAUUUAACAUUUCAUGUAAAUAAAGGGAGGUUAUUAGAAAUUUAUUUUCUACAAGGUCUAAAUCAAAUUUUCUAAUAAAAAAUUAAUGCAUAUAUUUUAAUGAUUACAUAUGAGAUAUGAUGUGCACAAAUAUUUGCAGUACAUAUUUUACAUAUUCUUUGAUUCUUGAAAAUUAUUUUAUUAGCAUAAUUAUAUACAUAUAUAUAAUUUAACUUAAGUGUGGUAAGUGUGGUAUCAACCUCAAUUACAACAAACAGGUAGAUCCUGUAACACAAUAAUUUACGUAUGGUUUUAUACCAUAGAUAUAAUGCUCAAAUGAAGAUCUAUCAAAAUUGUAAGUUCCAGAAAGCAUUUUUGGUAAAGAUAUUACCGAGUUUAUAUUUCAUGUUAAUAAAGGGAGAAUGUUUGGAAAUUGUUUUAGAAGCAUAAUUAUAUACAUAUAUAAUAUUACACUUAAGUGUGGUAACAACCUAAAUUACAACAUAUUGGAUGAUUAAUGAUCUAAAGAAAACUUAUAUAUUUAGUUUAAUACUGUUUAUUAGCAGAAAAAACUAGUAAACAAGUGCAUGUUACUUUUUGUAUAACUGAUGCUAAAACUACUGUGUUAUAUUGAUAAUGGAUAGGCAUAUUAAAACAUAAGUGACAUUUUCUAUGAAGCACCAAAUACCUAGUUUAUCUUCAAACUUGGAGCAAAAUUGCUCAAUUUUAUUGUAGAUAUUAUAACUGUUAAUUGUUUUUUAGUAUAUGAAUGUACAUAUUCAGUGAGUCAUAAUAAAUAAACACGUUUGCUGUCUACAAACAUACACUGAUCAACCAACAAACAUAUUUGAGCUGCGCCAUGACAAGCAACAUGGUGUGUUUG